AUGGAGGAGCGGGGAUCCCCCGAUGGGGACCUCGCGCGGAGCCUGCAGCAGGGCCUCGAGGGGCUGGAAACGCCCAUCCAGGUGGUGCUCAGGUGGGAGUAGGUUGCCUAGGCUGUGCCUGAGAGAGGAAGGGCCGGAUGGAGACACUGCUCGGGCCCCAGGACUCUCCCCCCGGGCGGGGGCCCGGACGUGGCGUUCCGCUUUGGUGCCGUGUUGGACGGGGCGCGCACCCAGGAGGACGUGUUCCGGGCGAGCGGUGUGCGGCGACUCGGGGAGCUGGCGCUGCGCGGCUUCUCCUGCACCGUCUUCACCUUCGGCCAGACCGGCUCCGGGAAGACCUACACCCUCACGGGGCCUCCUCCCCAGGGAGAGGGGGUGCCUGUACCCCCCAGCCUGGCUGGCAUCAUGCAGAGGACCUUUGCCUGGCUGUUGGACCGUGUGCAGCACCUGGGCGCCCCGGUCACCCUCCACGCCUCCUACCUGGAGAUCUACAAUGAGCAGGUUCUAGACUUGCUGAGCCUGGGGUCUCCCCGGCCCCUCCCUGUUCGUUGGAACAAGACUCGGGGCUUCUAUGUGGAGCAGCUGCGGGUGGUGGAGUUUGGGAGUCUAGGGGCCCUGAUGGAACUUCUGCAGAUGGGUCUUAGCCGCCGAAGGAGCUCAGCUCACACCCUGAACCAGGCCUCCAGCCGAAGCCAUGCCCUGCUCACACUCCAUAUCCGCCGCCAAACCUCCCAGCAGAUGCCUCCUGUGGAUCCCGGGGAACACCCUGCCGGAGGGAAGCUGUGCUUUGUAGACCUGGCUGGCAGCGAGAAGGUGGCGGCCACCGGAUCCCGUGGGGAGCUGAUGCUCGAGGCCAACAGCAUCAACCGCAGCCUGCUGGCGCUGGGCCACUGCAUCUCCCUGCUGCUGGACCCGCGGCGGAAGCAAAGCCACAUCCCCUUUCGAGACAGCAAGCUCACGAAGCUGCUGGCGGACUCACUGGGGGGGCGCGGGGUCACCCUCAUGGUGGCCUGCGUGUCGCCCUCAGCCCAGUGCCUCCCUGAGACCCUCAGCACCCUGCGAUACGCCAGCCGAGCUCAGCGGGUCACCACUCGGCCGCAGGCCCCCAAGUCCCCUAUGGCAAAGCAGCCCCAGCGCCUGGAAACGGAGAUAUUGCAGCUCCAGGCGGAGAACCGCCUUCUACGGUCCCAACUGAGCCAGAUGGACCUUAAGGCCCCUGGAUUCAGUGGGACCCGCGUGGCCUGGGCCCAGCAGAACCUCUAUGGGAUGCUCCAGGAGUUCAUGCUGGAGAAUGAGAGGCUCAGGAAGGAAAAGAGCCAGCUGCAGAGUAGCCGGGACCUGGCCCGGGAUGAGCAGCGCGUCCUGGCCCAGCAGGUCCACGAGCUGGAGCGGCGCCUCCUCUCUACCUGCUACCUCCACCAGCCCCCCUUUGGCCCAGCCCCACCAUGUCCCUGUGCGAUGGUGCCAGCUCCCUCCUGCCAUGCCCUGCCACCCCUCUGCUCCUGCCCCUGCUGCCACCUCUGCCCCCUGUGCCGAGCCCCACUGGCCCACUGGGCCUGCCCACGGAGGGAGCUCCACCUGCCCCAGGUGUUUGGCCCUAAGGCCCCCGACGGCAUUCCCCCGUCUGCCCGGCCCCCACCCUGGGUGCCCCCAUGCAGCCCUGGCUCUGCCAAGUGCUCCAGAGAGAGGAGUCACAGCGACUGGACUCAGACCCGAGUCCUGGCGGAGAUACUCACCGAGGAGGAGGUGGUACCUUCUGCACCUCCCCUGCCCGCGGGGCCCCCGAACACGUCGCCAGUGCUGAGAGGUGGGGCCACGGUUCCAAACCUGGCCCGGAGACUGGAGGCCCUCAGAGACCAGAUCGGCAGCUCCCUGCGGCGGGGCCGGAGCCAGCCACCCACGCAUGAGAGCAAACGGACCCCUAGCCGAGCCCUCCCUCCCUGCUGA